UGCAAGGCACAGCGCGGCAGAGUGCACACGUGGAAUCGACUCUCAGCUGAUGAACUACAGUCUAUCUAACUAAGGAGCUGGGCUUUGUCUUAAAAUACCUUUUUCUUGUAGGCGACAGACAGCUCAGCUUUCGUGUCCAGUCAAUACUUGACACUCAGCCUACAGAGAUCACCCAGAGAGUUUGAUUACCAACUGGAUUGACUGACUGACAGAAGUGUGUGAGAGAGAGAGGAGCAAGCCGGAGGGAUAUACAAGACGCCCUGGAGUAUCUGACCGGUGGAAAGAUGACAUCCAAGUCAUCCAGGCAGGGCAGACCCUCCUCGGCAGGGUCCAAGCAGCCUUCUCAGAGGAAGGAGUGCCCAGCAGGUAAUCGCUCCUGUAUGCUGCGGGUCGGGGAGAGGCUUAUGAGGGCUGGGAGUGAGGGGAACCUACAUGCUGUGAGACCCAAACCUGCCCAGCAGACACCACUGGAGGGGGGACACCAAAAGUCCGGCUCCAUCACAGCCAAAGAGUCAGGAAACAACAACCCAAGACUGUCAUCACCUGAGGAUGUAAAGCGCCUCCACAGACAGCAGAACCUAGAGAACCAGAACCACCACUCUGAGCCACACUCCCCUAGCACUGUCCCCAGAAGGUACACCAUCGGAGGGCAAGGGCACCGCAGCACCAGGGACCCCCUGACUAUGCAGCACGCUGACAUAGAGAGGAAGAAAGAGGUGUUCCUGGAGCACCUGAAGCAGAGGUAUCCUCACCAUGCUGCUGUCAUCAUGGGCCAUCAGGACCACCUCAUGGGCCAUCAGGACCGCCUCAGAGAUCGAUUAGAGGAGAUCAAAGUGGGCCGUUUGAGCAAACUAAUGCUUGGACCCAGCUUUCAUCCCUAG